AUGCCCGGCCCGGCGCGCACCAUGGGGCUGCUGUGGCUCUGCUGCCUGCCCCUCGCCCUGCUGCCCCUGCUCGCCGCCGUGGAAGAGACUCUGAUGGACUCCACCACAGCCACGGCCGAGCUGGGCUGGACAGUGCAUCCUCCUUCAGGGUGGGAGGAGGUGAGUGGCUACGACGAGAACAUGAACACCAUCCGCACCUACCAGGUGUGCAACGUCUUCGAGUCCAGCCAGAACAACUGGCUGCGCACCAACUACAUCCGGCGGCGCGGUGCCCACCGCAUCCACGUUGAGAUGAAGUUCUCCGUCCGUGACUGCAGCAGCAUCCCCAAUGUCCCCGGAUCCUGCAAGGAGACCUUCAACCUUUACUACUUCGAGUCGGACUUUGACUCGGCCACCAAGACUUUCCCUAACUGGAUGGAGAACCCCUGGAUGAAGGUGGACACCAUCGCCGCCGACGAGAGCUUCUCGCAGGUGGACCUCGGCGGCCGGGUGAUGAAGAUCAACACCGAGGUGCGCAGCUUUGGGCCCGUCUCCAGGAACGGCUUCUACUUGGCCUUCCAGGACUACGGCGGCUGCAUGUCCCUGAUCGCCGUCCGCGUCUUCUACCGCAAGUGCCCCCGGGUCAUCCAGAACGGCGCCGUCUUCCAGGAGACCCUCUCGGGCGCGGAGAGCACCUCGCUGGUGGCGGCCCGGGGCACCUGCAUCGCCAACGCCGAGGAGGUGGAUGUGCCGAUCAAGCUGUACUGCAACGGCGAUGGCGAGUGGCUGGUGCCCAUCGGGCGCUGCAUGUGCCGGGCAGGCUACGAGUCAGCGGAGAACGGAACUGUCUGCAGAGGCUGCCCAUCAGGGACCUUCAAGGCCAGCCAAGGGGACGAGGGCUGUGUCCACUGCCCGAUUAACAGCAGGACAACCUCGGAGGGAGCCACCAACUGCGUGUGCCGGAACGGCUACUACCGGGCGGACGCCGACCCCCUCGACAUGCCCUGCACCACCAUCCCCUCGGCGCCCCAGGCCGUCAUCUCCAGCGUCAACGAGACGUCGCUGAUGCUGGAGUGGAGCCCUCCGCGGGACGCGGGGGGCCGGGAGGACCUGGUGUACAACAUCAUCUGCAAGAGCUGCGGCUCGGGCCGGGGCGCCUGCACGCGCUGCGGCGACAACGUGCAGUUCGCCCCCCGGCAGCUGGGGCUGGCCGAGCCCCGCGUCUACAUCAGCGACCUGCUGGCACACACCCAGUACACCUUCGAGAUCCAGGCCGUCAACGGCGUCACCGACCAGAGCCCCUUCUCCCCGCACUUCGCCUCCGUCAACAUCACCACCAACCAGGCUGCUCCUUCGGCUGUGUCCAUCAUGCACCAAGUCAGCCGCACCGUGGACAGCAUCACUCUCUCCUGGUCUCAGCCUGACCAACCCAACGGAGUCAUCCUGGACUAUGAGCUGCAAUACUAUGAGAAGGGUCUGAGCGAGCUGAACUCGACAGCAGUGAAGAGCCCAACCAACACGGUGGCAGUGCAGAACCUGAAGGCUGGCACCAUCUACGUGUUCCAGGUGCGGGCGCGGACGGUGGCCGGGUACGGGCGCUACAGCGGCAAGAUGUACUUCCAGACCAUGACUGAGGCCGAGUACCAGACCAGCGUGCAGGAGAAGCUGCCGCUCAUCAUCGGCUCCUCGGCAGCCGGCCUGGUGUUCCUCAUCGCCGUGGUCGUCAUCGCCAUCGUCUGCAACAGAAGACGUGGCUUCGAGCGAGCCGACUCCGAGUACACCGACAAGCUGCAGCACUACACCAGCGGCCACAUGACCCCAGGGAUGAAGAUCUACAUCGACCCUUUCACCUAUGAGGAUCCCAACGAGGCUGUCAGGGAGUUUGCAAAGGAAAUUGACAUCUCCUGUGUCAAAAUCGAGCAGGUGAUCGGUGCAGGGGAGUUUGGGGAGGUGUGCAGUGGACACCUGAAGCUUCCUGGCAAAAGAGAGAUCUUCGUGGCCAUCAAGACCCUGAAGUCAGGCUACACAGAGAAGCAGAGGAGAGACUUCCUGAGUGAGGCCAGCAUCAUGGGGCAGUUUGACCACCCCAAUGUCAUCCACCUGGAGGGGGUGGUGACCAAGAGCUCCCCAGUCAUGAUCAUCACUGAGUUCAUGGAGAAUGGCUCACUGGACUCCUUCCUGCGGCAAAACGACGGGCAGUUCACAGUGAUCCAGCUGGUGGGCAUGCUGCGGGGCAUCGCGGCGGGCAUGAAGUACCUGGCAGACAUGAACUACGUGCACAGGGACCUGGCUGCCCGCAACAUCCUGGUGAACAGCAACCUGGUCUGCAAGGUCUCUGACUUCGGCCUCUCCCGCUUCCUGGAGGACGACACCUCGGACCCCACCUACACCAGCGCCCUGGGGGGGAAGAUCCCCAUCCGCUGGACAGCCCCCGAGGCCAUCCAGUACCGCAAGUUCACUUCUGCCAGUGACGUCUGGAGCUACGGCAUCGUCAUGUGGGAGGUGAUGUCCUAUGGAGAGAGGCCCUACUGGGACAUGACCAACCAGGACGUGAUCAAUGCCAUCGAGCAGGACUACAGACUGCCCCCCCCCAUGGACUGCCCCAACGCCCUGCACCAGCUGAUGCUCGACUGCUGGCAGAAGGAUCGCAACCACAGGCCCAAGUUUGGGCAGAUUGUCAACACCUUGGAUAAGAUGAUCAGAAACCCCAACAGCCUGAAAGCCAUGGCCCCUCUCUCCUCUGGGAUGAACCUGCCCCUGCUGGACCGCACAGUCCCAGACUACAGCAGCUUCAACACUGUGGAUGAGUGGCUGGAUGCCAUCAAGAUGAGCCAGUACAAGGAGAGCUUUGCCAGUGCUGGCUUCACCACCUUCGACAUAGUGUCUCAGAUGACUGUAGAGGACAUCCUACGAGUGGGGGUCACUUUAGCAGGACAUCAGAAGAAGAUUCUGAACAGUAUCCAGGUGAUGAGAGCACAGAUGAACCAAAUUCAGUCUGUGGAGGUUUGA